AUGGCGACGUCACUGGGUUGCCAGAUCGCACGGCGAAUUGGGGUUGUCGCUGUCGCGGCGAAUUUCACACUUUGUUUACAAAUACGACUGACAGAGACGUUUUUGGGGAGUUUUUCUCCAGCCCAUUUUCACCGUUUCUCCACAAUGAAUCUCCUCUUUCUGGCUGUGAUAGCAUUCCUCCCAUCCCCAGUGACUUUACUAGACCUCGACUACGGGAAGUGUGUGAUUUGGGGUCCGGGUUUGGGUGAAAGUUCCCUGCCUGUGAAAUAUUUCUUCGUGCAGCUGGUCAACAAAGCCGGUGAAAACAUUACAGACUCACACAAUGUCAGUCUAGAUGUUCAGCUGAAGGGAGAGAAUUGUCGCAAUCAGCUUGAGCAGCUAAAUGCCGGCGAUGGAAGCAUUAUUGUGCGAUACAGAAUCCAGAAGGAGUGCAGAUCAGCUUCUAUUCACAUCAAAUAUCAUGACCAUCAUCUGGGAGAAUCACCCUACAAUCUGCCCGGAGCGAUCUUCCCAGACGCCUGCUCCUGUCCGCUCGACAUGGACGAAUUCCUGAGUGUCUGGCAGUGUCCCAAAGAUCAUCCGCAGAUUGAGGAAGAUCUCUUCAAAUUCGCUGGAAUUAAUUUCACUCACGUCCAGCGGAAGAUGCUGGAUCACUUCGCGCAGGCCAAUCCGGGCACUCUGGCCAUGUGUCAGUACGUGAUAAAGUCCGGCAAAGUCUUCCGUCGAUGCUUUGGCAUCGCGGGAUUCAGCAUGUUCAUGGACGCCAUUCUCCUGUCCGUGCUGCGCAAGGUUAAGCUGCCAGACAUGGAGAUGUUCGUGAACUUGGGCGACUGGCCGAUGAGCAGGAAGGGCGGCAGGAGUCGCACAACUGGUCCCUGGCCGAUAUUCUCCUGGUGCGGCAGCUCAGACUCUCACGACAUCGUCAUGCCGACGUACGACAUCACCGAGUCCACGCUGGAGGCAAUGCGGAGAGUCUCCCUGGACAUCCUGUCCGUGCAGAAGGCAGAGAAGCCGUGGAGCGAGAAGAUGCCCAGAGGAUUCUUUCGCGGCAGAGACGCCAGUCGAGAGCGUCUCCUGCUCACGGAUCUCUCCCGGCAGCAUCCCGAUCUCCUGGACUCUGCCAUCACGAACUACUUCUUCUUCCGCGACGCGGAGGAGAAGUACGGGAAGAGCCAGCGCGUGCCGUUCUUCCGCUUCUUCCACCACAAGUACCAAGUCAGCAUGGACGGAACUGUGGCCGCCUAUCGGCUGCCCUACCUUCUGGCCGGCGACAGUGUGGUGCUGAAGCAGGAGUCGCCCUUCUACGAGCACUUCUACGGCAGCCUGAAGCCGAUGGUGCACUACAUUCCCUUCCGACGCGACCUGUCGGAUCUCAUCAGCAAACUCCAGUGGGCGAAAGCUCACGACGCCGAAGCACGCAAGAUUGCCCAGAACGCUCGCGCCUUUGUCCGCGAGAAUCUCCUGCCUGCCCACAUUUUCUGCUACCACGUGCUCCUCUUCCGGCGCUGGAGUGAGCUCACGACUGCCCACGUCGUCUCAGUGACGCCCGAGAUGGAGAGCGUCCAUCAAGAGUCGCCAGAAUGCUCAUGCGACAGGAAAUCCCCUCGAGAUGAACUGUAA